CCUGCAGGGCUGCUGACGUCCACGGUAGACGCGGUUGGCCACUCCCAAGCUAGCUUUGCCGGAGCGUGACCCAUUCCUCGAACACAAAGCUGGUUCUCACUCCCACACAUCACAGUGACUCAACCUUCACCAACAUGCGGCAUGAGACCUGGGCCCAAAGGCGCCAACGCAAGCAGAAAGCGAAAACGAAGCGAGACGUAGCAGGCCUGUCAUCGUGCCAACGACUGAUCGAAUGUAUCGACGAGUCGGAAGCCGAGUACAGAAGGCUGACGUCCGGACGCUAUGAUCGCCCACCGCCGUCACGAUUGCUGGAUCUCCCGGCGGAAAUACGCCAACUGAUACUCUGCCACGCGAUCGAAGAUGACGACACCCGUCACGGGCCUGGCAAGCAGUCUGUGAUCUUGAACAGCGUUUGUACGACAUUCAGAGCCGAUUUACCAGCGGCGCGGAUGCUUCGGACGAAGAUGAAUGCGGACCUUUCGACAACAACUUACAGCACCUGCGCUGGUGAGCUCAUGGAGAUCCUGAAUCGCACUGCGGCGGCAAACACUUCCAUCAUGGACCUGCGAAAGCGGAGAAGACGCUCUGGAAUCGACAUGUGUAUCGGUGCAAUCAAUUCGAUCCAUUACGGGGUUACGCGGCAGGAUAAGCAUAUCGGCAGGAUGCUCUAUGGAUGGUCAAGAGGUCUCGCUCGGAGAGCGCAACGGGCGGCUAAGAAAGUGAAACGCAAGACGUAUUGAGGGAUGGUGCAAGUGCAGAGAUACGGCCACACCAAUGUCAGCCAUAUUAAUGGCCAUGAGAAGCACUCCAUCUCUCGUUUUUGGUUGCUCAUGGGGGCAUCGGUCAAAAUGCGAAUGAGUGG